UUUCUCUCUAAUCUUUCCCUCCUUCACUGGCAACGGUCAAUUUUUUGUCUUUAGCAGAAAACAAACAAAAAAGGGUCCCCAUUGAAGCUUGGCUGGAGCAGAAGUCACGGGGUUGUUCAUCUAAACCCAAGACUCUACAGGCAGUUCUUCUACUAGUACUAUUAAAUCUCUCUCAUUAUCUAUAUCUCCAUGUCUUUCUCUUAUCCCAGAAAACUACACCCUCUGUUUUUCUCUUAUGAAAAUGAACUUGCUUAGUGAAUCGGUGGAAGCUGUAGCUAGCUGUUCUACUACUGCUUUGGUUUCGUCUCAUAAUCAAGAGAGAUUAGACCUCAAGUCCAUUCGGGCGGUUGUCAUUUCAAGCAAUCAAUGCAUUCUCAAACUCAUAGCAAAUGACAAAACUAGAAACUCUAUAAGGGUGAGAUGUAUCUCCAAGCUUCAAAAUCAGAAACAGGAUUUCUUCGAAUUCUCUGACCAGUCUGUCAUAUCAAAUCUUUACUGGGGUAUUGACAGCAUAGAAGCUGCAAUUACCGCCGAAUGGCCAGAAGAGAAAGCCGCUCAGCUGAGGAAGGCAGAGCAGAUGCUACAAGUGCCCGCGCUACUCGAUGAGGAUGGAGUCACAGCUGGAAUUCCGAACAGUUAUUUGGUGUGUUGCUCAUACUUUUACCUCUCUGUUGUUCGAAAACUCCAAGAGGAUGAGUGGCAGGUUGCACUGCAUUUCCUACAGGCCGUGCUGGUCUCCCCGAGACUUGUUCAGACAGAAUUUGCGCAUGACCUUUAUGAAAGUCUUUUCCCGACUUGCGGCGGUUCUGAAAGACAAGAAAUAAGAGCGAGUAAGAGCUUGGAAUCAAUUGACAAGGAUGAAGCAAUAAGGCAGAUGGCAAGGAUAUAUAGAGAUUGGUUGAUGUAUUAUAAGGUCAUGUUAUAUGGCGCGACUUCUCAGAGUCAAGGUGGAGGAUACAGAGGCAUUUUGUCCCCUGACAAAGAGUCACUAUAUUCAAUACAUGGGAAAUCCACUAGGUCGGACUGUUCAAAUAAUAUUGAGCAUGACCACAGCUUGCACACUCAAUGGAAUUAUGAAAAAGUGCACCCUUUUGAUCCUCAAGAAGAUAUUGGCAUCGAAGAUGAACUGAAACAAUCCAUCCACAUCUCAGAAUUUGAAGAAUAUGGGAAAUCCAAAAAUGAUUUGAAUCAAGCAACAGAGUUUCAUGUUAAAACUAGAGAGCUCCAGAGGAAUUCAAAUAUUAAAAGACUCCAAGAUUUGCUGAAUGACUCUCAAUCAGACACACCAACUUCAGUGGAUUCAUGCUCUGAUUAUUCAGAUUAUGACAUUGAGUCAGAGGUCAUUGAUGGUGGUGAGUGCUCAACCAGAGAUGCAACAAUAGGUGCAGAUUUUUCCAAGAAACUGCAGGCUACUAGCUCCACAUCAGACCCAAAGUACGAAGCAUUAUCUUUUUCACAAGUCUGUCAGGAUCCAGUCCCUAACGAAGUCAGUCAAGUAAAUAACUCUAUGAUUCUUUCGAGCAGAUUCACAAAUUCCAUCAAUGGUUUAUUAACUAUUUCAGAGCAUAGAGAUAAAAGAUCAAAGACCCAUCAGAAUUUAUAUGUACAAAAGGAGUAUGCAUCUCAGCGGAACUAUAGGAUCAACCAAAGGGAUCACCAAAGAAGUGUUGCAAGGAAAAAACAUAGUUCUCAUAGCCAGAAAAGCUCUAUUGAACUUCGCUUACAUUCCACAAAAGAUUCGAAAAGUGAACUACUGAGUAUUACUGAAAAAGCAAUUUCAAAACUAUUUCAGUGGGAAGGAUUGGGAAAAUGGGAUGAAGAUUAUGCAGUAGAAGUUACAACAAUAUAUCAAAUACUAUGCAACAAAAAAGGAGAGAAAUGUGCUGUCUUGAAAGACAUGAUAUUGGAUCAACUGCUCAUAGGUAUUUCAGCUUCAAAGGAGGAGAAAGUGAUAAGGGUAUCAGUGUCUAUACUAACUACUAUUGUUGCAGCUAAUAAGUCAGUUAUCGAGGACAUAAAGAAGAAAGGUCUGCAGUUAUCUGAUUUGGCAAGUGCUCUAAAAAGAAAUGUUCAUGAGGCAGCAAUACUGUUUUAUCUAAUGAAUCCAUCUCCUACAGAAAUUAAGACUUUAGAACUUUUACCGGCAUUGUUGGGGGUCGUGUGCUCUCCAAACAGUUAUAAGGGUAGGCCAGCAUCAGUGCCAACACCUCUGACAGCAUCACUAAUGAUUAUUGGAGUUUUAGUAUCUUCAUUUGACCAUGCCACAAAUAAUGUGCACUUGGCUGAAAUCAGUUAUCCCAAUGUGCUGCAUGGGCUCCUAGAUGUUGCAAGAGAUAGUAACAUUGAAGAAUUGAUCUCCUGGGCCACUAUUCUUGUCAAAUGCAUACAAUACGAUGGAAACUGCAGAAGAUAUAUAUCAAGAUUAGCUCCAAUGGCUCCAUUUUCCCGUCUCCUAGAAUGUAAGAUGAAGCAUGCCAGGUGCAUAGCGCUGGAAUUUUUUCAUGAAGUUCUUUGCAUUCCAAGGUCAUCGGCUACUGCCUUGUUGCAGAGGCUGCAAAAAGAAGGAAGCACGAAGAUUAUGAACUCACUCAUGCUUUGUGUCCAACAAUUGCAACCUGAAUACCAACUUUUGGCAGCAAAUUUGCUGCUUCAUUUAGAUACACUAGAUAACUCCUCCUGUAAGAGUGCAUUUACAGAAGAAGCUAUGCAGGUUCUCCUCAAGUUGGUCGCAUCUGAAGAAGGUUCCACUACACAGCACUUAUCUGCAUUCAUCUUAUCAAAUCUCGGUGGAACAUAUUCAUGGGCAGGGGAACCAUAUACAGUAGCAUGGUUGGUUAAAAAGGCAGGUGUGACUUCCUCGUAUCGACGGAAUAUGAUAAAAACUAUCCAUUGGUUGGAUGAUUGCUUAGAGGAUUCUGGCACGGACUCAUGGUGCAGCAAAAUUUCCAGAAGCAUCAUUAACAUUGGGAAUCCUGUCUUUGAUUCUUUAGUGAAGGGUCUAAAGAGCACAAGAAGGAAGGUUUCUAGGGACUGUCUAAUAGCCAUAGCGUGGCUUGGGUUUGAAAUUGCAAAGAGUCCAGAUAUCAUCAGAAAUUCUGCCUGUGAGAUCUUACUUAGUGGAGUUGAGCAAUUUUUGCAUCCUGGAUUGGAGCUAGAAGAACGAGUUCUAGCAUGUCUCUGCAUAUAUAACUACGCUUCUGGUAAAGGGAUGAAAAAGUUAAUUCAUUUCUCGGAAGGAGUGAGAGAAUCACUAAGACGCUUGUCAAAUGUAACCUGGAUGGCAGAGGAGCUACAUAAAGUAGCUGAUUAUGUUCUGCCAAACCGAUCACAGCGAAUUUCUUGUGUUCAUACCCAAAUUCUCGAGGUUGGAGUCAAUUACAGUGGAGCUGUAUGUGCCCUCAUGUAUUACAAAGGAUUUCUUCAUGGUGGCUACUCAGAUGGUUCUGUGAAGGUCUGGAACAUAAAAGGUCAGUCAGCCACACUCGUAUGGGACAUGAAGGAGCACAAAAAGGCAGUUACAUGCUUUUCACUACUUGAAUCCAGGGACAGCCUUAUAAGUGGAUCACUGGACAAAACUAUAAGGGUCUGGCAAGUGGUCCGCAAAAAACUGGAGUGCAUUGAGGUGAUAGAAACCAAGGAACCAAUUCGGCAUCUGAAUACAUGCGGGGACAUGAUAUUUGCAAUUACCCGUGGCCAUGGAAUUAAGGUGAUUGAUGCAUCAAGAAAGGUCAAAGAUAAUUGCACGAAUAAAAAGGUAAAGUGUAUGGCGGUGGUUCAGGGGAAGAUUUAUGCAGGUUGCAAGGAUUCAAGCAUACAGGAGUUGUCUACAACAAGCAAUCGGGCACAAGAGAUCAAAGCAGCAUCAAAAUUUUGGAGGCUGCAACGGAGACCCAUAAAUGCAGUUGUCACAUACAAAGAUUGGCUUUACAGUGCAAGUUCAAUUGUGCAAGGUUCAAACUUGAAGGAGUGGAAAAGACACGGCAGACCCCAAAUGUCACUUAAAACCGGGAAAAGAGAAAAGGUGACGGCAAUGGGAAUAACGGAAGACUUCAUCUACCUCAACUGCAACUCAUCAACAAACAGCAUCCAGAUAUGGCUAAGAGGGACACAGCAGAAAGUGGGCAGAAUCUCAGCAGGAAGCAGAAUUACGAGCAUCCUCACAGCCAACGACAUUAUCUUGUGUGGUACCGAAACCGGGCUAAUCAAGGGAUGGAUCCCCCUAUAGAACCAAGUUCAUCAGCCAGCGCAAGCAGGUGUGAGAGAGAGCAAACGAGGAUGGCAACGGUGGUUUUUUUUUAUUCUUUUCUAAAUUUAGAAAACUUUUUGCGUGCGAGUAUGUAAAGAGAGCUACUGCGCCAAUGCCACAAUGUCAUUUGAUAAAUGGAGAGUGAUUGAUGAGCAUGGAUUAUGAUAACAAGCUUCAAAUAAAAGGAAACAACAGUCUAACCUUACAAUCCGAAUCUCGUAAUAAUCCGCAUCUGCAAAUCCAAAAGGAUAAACGACGCCGUCGCAUGGCAUCGGAAUUCGGAACUGAGCUAGCCACCCAAUGCAAGCUCUGCGCUUUUAUGAGAGAAAUUCAAAAUCUUUGAGGAGAGUAAAAUUCGAAAACAGAAAGUGAGAAACAAAAGACCCACUCUUUGAGUAAGGGGCAGAUAAGUAAUUUGGACAAAGCUCUGGUUAUAAAAGCAGAAGCAGAAGCAGAAGCAGAAGCAGAAGCAGAAGAAGAAGAAGAAUAAAGAGGAGGAGAUGGGGAAAGAAGUAGACAAGGAAGAGGAGAGAAAAGAAGCAGCGAUAGCAUCAACAGCAGUUUUACAGCCCAAUUUCAAGCCCAGAGGCAUAACCCAAGACCAGCUCUCCAAGUUUCAGGAGCUGCACAGGAAGCGUUUACAGAUAAAGUCAAAAUCAAAGUUUGAAAAGAAACCAAAAGCUGGUACUGGAAAAUCUCACCGCAAGAACCACAAUCCAAGAGACUCGACAAAUGAAGAUUCAAGCGUAAGUGUUGAAGAUUCAGCUGUUCCUAACUCUGAGAGCCACGAUAAUGGAAGCAGUUCUUUACCACAGCAAGAGGAUGCACCAAAGAAGCGCCAGAAGUUACAUUGGGGGCUCGACACAAAGGAACGUUGGGAAAGGAAAGCAAACAUGUAGAUAUUUCCAUCAAUACAGAAUGUGGCGUCCUGAAGCGGUGUGGUUUCAGAAUUGCACACCAACUUUGCCAUUUAAUCUCAGAUGUGGUUACAAGGUACUUGGGUAGCAAAAUUUGAGGAAAAGUAUCUACCUUUAAUGCCAAGUACUUUAACCCUGCAUUCCUGUACAUUUCAGAAGUAGAAAACGGAAUCAUAACAGAAAACAAGCAUUCAUGUGACAGUUCCAUGCGUAUGCAAAUUAACCAUUGAUGAUGUUGAGUAUUUUCCUUUUUCAUUAGUAGUGAAAGUGGCAACUACUUUUUUAUGUUA